AUGGCUACUCUAGAAAUACUUUCAAACGAGUUAUUUUUAGAAAUAUUUGACUAUUUAUCGCCAACUGAAAUAUUUUCUACGUUUCAUAAUUUGAAUAGUCGGAUCGACCGCUUAUUGAGUCUUCAAAGUAUUCGAAUCGACUUAAAAACAGUGGAAAAACCAGAUUUUAUGGACUAUUGCGAACACUUCAUACCCACAUGUUAUGAUAGAAUUAAAUAUUUACAGUUAUGUAACAAUCACAAGGAAAAUUUUAUAAGUUUAUUUUGUCAACUAUUUCCAAACAUGGAUAAGUUUUCAACAUUACAUACAUUGAUAUUAAUUAAACCAACGGUUGAUAAACUAUUGCAUCUUUUACCGCAAUUAUCAACUUUAAUACGAUUAGUAAUAAUUGGUAAACAAGAAAAUAAACAAGAGAAUGAAAUUUGUUCGUUAAUAUUCAAUGAUAAAAUGUUAUCACUUAAAUCGUGCACAUUAUCAUUUUUCAAUCAACUUCACAUGGAUGGUAUUUGUGUAUCAAAUAUUGAAUACCUAAAAAUUAGUAUGCUUAAAUUGGAGACCAUGUUUCAUUUAUUCCACUAUAUUCCAAAUAUUAAAACAUUGAAUGUUACAAUAUCUACGUACGACGAAACAUCUGUACCUUCACCAAGUGGCUAUCAAAAACUAGCCAUGCUAGUACAAAACUUAACAAACUUGACACUAGAAGUUUCUCACUUUUCCACCUUCGAACCUAUUGAAUUAUUAUUAAAAAAUCUUGUUCAACUUCAGCGAUUGUCUUAUAUCUGUUCAGAUGCAAUUGGUUUAGAACAUAUUGAUAGUGAACGAUGGAAAUCAAUACUAGUACGAUUAUAUAUAUUGAAAAAAUUUCAUUUAUCCAUAAAAACGCAUAUAGCGACAACGUUUGAGAAUAUUCUAGCCUCAUUUCAAACAAACGUUUUCAUUCAUCGUCAGUGGUAUUUUGCAUUUGAUGAAGAUGCUUUAUCAAAUGUCAUUCAUUUUUAUACGAUACCAUAUUUUUCUUCAAAAUAUUCCUUAAAAAUGACAACUAUAGCAGCAAGAAAUGCACACUGUUAUACAAAUGUUAAAUAUUUGGUAAUUAGAUUAAAUAAUUCAACAUUUCUCUCACCACCAAUUAGAUUUCCAAAUGUUGGCUCAUUACAGUUAUUCGGUAGCUGUGACUGUUCUCCUUCUGUUAUCAUUAAUUAUUUGGAUAUUGCUUUAGAUUAUUCAAAACUGAAACAUUUUGAAUUUUAUACAAAAAUAUCAGAAGAUUUAUUUCUUCAUAUUCUCCGUCAUUCAUCAAAUUUAUAUUCAUUAAAGACCAAAUAUUCUAUUUUAUCAAAGAUUACAAAUGAUUUCACACACGAUGAAAUGUGCUCAUAUUUGAAGAAAAAUAUUAAAAAAUGUGUUCUGGUAAAAACUACACACACGAAAAUUAGUGACUUAUGUUCACAUGUAAUCAGUAAUGAAAUUAUCGAGUUUUUAUCGAAUUAA